AGCCGUUCGGCUCGGGCAGAGCCCGCGACAUCUGGGCGGGGGCGCGCCGAUGCCUCCGCGCCCGGGCCGCGGCGGCGCUCGCAGGCGGCUGCUGGCGUGCAGUUUCCAGGCGGUGCCGCAGGUUGCGACCCCGCCCUGUGGUGACCCCCUUUGGCACUGGCUGGGCCCUCAAAGCUGACCAGCCCUGGCGUCGACGGUUCGCUGGCGCCGCAUGGCCAGCUCGUGCUUCCACUGCAGCGGGACGGGCCAGUACACCCCCAGGGACCUCCCGAGGCCGUCCAACCGAUAUCGGGAGGGCUCCCGAUGCUGCGAGCUGGUCGCUCUGUCGAUCACAGCGAUCCCCGUGUGCUUCUUGGCUCUGAUGGUAGUCGUCGAGGUCCAGUCGGCUUUUUCCAACAGAGACUUCUUGACCGUCGACGACGCCACGGCAUACGUCAUGCAUUCCACGGGCAAUCCCUUCAGACUGAGCUAUUUGGUGGCUGGUUGCGGGGUCGCCGCCCUUGCCACCAUGGUGGCUUUCGCGUUCGGGUUUUGCUGCGCGCUGUUCAGCAAAGGAAAAAAGAUCCAGCUGCUGAACAUUAUUUUCUUGGGGAUUGUCGCCGUGCUGACCGUGCUGCAGAUACUCCUGGCGGUGCUGCUGCUGGUGGGCCUGUGGACGUACGUCCCGGCACUCGACGAGCACAUCGAGGACAUGUGCCGCCAGGAGAGGGACCAUCACUGCUCCCUAGAGAGGCCCCCCACCUUCGUGGCGCAUGUCUGUGGCGUAAUGUCCGACCUCGUGAGCUUCUGCUCGGAGCCCUGCGGCUUCGUCUCCCAGAUGUGCGAGGGCGGUUUCGACAGGGGCCUCAAGGUGGUGGACUACGUGUUCGGUGUAGCGCUCAUGAGCGGCUUGAGCUCUAGCCUCGCGUGCUGCUGUCUCGGCUGCUUCGUCUCCGAGCUCGUGACUGGGAAGAGCGUGGUGGACACGUGCGACUGCUGCGGGUGCAUGGACCGCUACGACAGGUCCCACCAGUACAAGCCGAUUUAAUCUCUCGCCGAGGCCCGCAGCACUGCGCUCCGCGCCUGCUCCGGCGCUUACCUCAUCGGUCUGCGCUGGAUUGGUCGGAGCUUCUUGGCGUCUUGGCACUUAGCUUGUGCAUGUGUUGUCGCGUUGCGACCAAAGCCGUCGCACGCAGCCCUCCGCGUGAGCGACCCAAGCGCCGAGGAACUUACCUUGAGUUGGGCGAUCGAGGAGCUUGCCCCGAUUGGUGCGAGCACGGAGGAUACAAUCAGCUUCCUUCUCCAGCGAGACCUGGCUGCGGUGGAGGCGGGCGGGAAUCUGGAAAGCAACACCUGUGGCUAAACACAAAUUUAGUAAUAUGGCAGCCUGGGUUUGCAACAUACGACGGCAGAAGCAGCGUGAGGCCGUCUGCAGUAGCCCUGAGCCACGGGGGUGAAGCGCAAGCUGUGUACAAGCCAGUGCCAC